GCGUUGCUUACCGUGCUCAGCUGCCGGACCGGAGACUCUGUACAUGUCGCUGACACAACAAGAAGACACAAAACGCUCAAAGAAAGGCCACUCAUUUUCAUUUUCAUAUUACUUUUCCUAAAGACAGCGUUACAAGUCAAAACAACGCUGAGAAAGAUUAAAGAGUGCGCAUGCGCGAGAGUUGUCGCAUCCACACACUGGUCUCGCGGGAUUAGUGCGAGUCCAGCAUGGCGGUGCUUCUUGAAACGACGCUGGGGGAUCUAGUGAUAGACUUGUUUACAGAGGAGCGGCCGAAAAGUAAGAAGACUUAGCUUUUCAUUAUUGAACAGCUCAACAGAUAGUUAACUAGUCACAAGUAAAGGUAGCUGUAUGAAGGGUGGACUAUGAAAUGGACGCGUGUUAGCUCAGAGUGUUAGCCUGCUGCUAUAGUGCACUACCGAUUCAUUCACUUCACAAAACAAACACUUGAUAGGAUUAGUCUGUCAGGAUUUCAUUCAAGUGAUAACUCAUUAUUGUUGUUAUUAUUAUUAUUAUUAUUAAUAAUAUAAGUAGUAGUAGUAGUAGUAGUAGUAGCAGUAUCAUUGCUGUUAGAUUAAAGGCUUUAAGUCUGUUCUAUUUUAAUUCUGUGCUCAUUUCUUUACAGCUUGUCUGAAUUUCAUUAAACUCUGUAAGAUAAAAUACUACAAUUACUGCCUCAUCCACAAUGUUCAGGUAAGGCUCCACGCUUUCUAAAUUAAACAUCAUUUCAUGUCCUUUGCACCCUGACUGACCUGAAGGUGGCGCUAUAACCCCAGACUUAUCAUAAAACAUGCCCCAUCCAGACUCUUGAGUACAGCAUUUAUAUGUUGAAGUAAAACUUGUCGUCCUAGAUGUAGUAAGAUAUGUUGAAUAUUUGUCUUCAGAGAGACUUCAUCGUGCAGACGGGAGACCCUACAGGAUCAGGAAGAGGAGGAGAAUCCGUCUACAGGUCUGUUUUCUGCAUCUCACCUGACCUCUUAAAGGAAUAUUCUGACGUAAAAAUUAAGUUAGGGUCAAACACACUGUAACACCAAGUUAGACAUCCCCUCGAGAGAUGAGUGUUGCCGACUGCUUGCUUUUCUAGUUAUACUAACUUUAGUAAUGACUAUAGGAGCCUAUAUGUACUGUUGAUGAAGUUAGGUGCUGUUCUGAGCAUUAUUUGUGGUUAUAGAGUGGCGUUUUGGAUGAGGUUUCUUUAUGGCUCCUCAGACCGCUGUGUAUUGCUAUCGUGCAGUCGUUACUAAAUUUGGUAUAACUAGAGAAGCAAGCGGUCGGCAACAUUCAUCUCUUGAGGGGGUGUCUAACUCGGUGUUACGGUGAGCUUGACCCUAAGUUGAUAAUACGCCGGAAUAUCCCUUUAAUAAAACAGAUGUUUAAGAAGGAUAUUAACACUCCCCUCUUCUCUUUUAGCAAACUGUAUGGAGAUCAAGCUCGUUAUUUCGACUCUGAGAAAGCACCACGCAUCAAACACAAGAAGAAGGGGACGGUGUCCAUGGUGAAUAAUGGUAACGAUCAGCAUGGAUCUCAGGUAAAAUAUAAAAGAUUUAUUUUUCUAAUUGUAUUUUGUAAACGGGAACAGUCAACUGUAUCACCUGAUCAGACAAAUAUAGGGUUAAUUCUAUUAAAAAAAACAGCUAAUGGUAAACUGCAGACAAACAGUGAUGCUGAAAUCGCAGGUUUGUGUUUUCUGUGUGUGUUUUUCCUGGAAGGUGUGCUGAAUCACUGAAUCUUGUGUAUUGAUCAGUAUUGCGAUUGAUUGUAUGCGCUGUUGUUUAAGAUAAAUGCACAAUUUGCUGUUUGAAGUUUGUCCCAUCCUCAGCUGGUGUCUUCUGUGUCAGAAGUUUUUAAGGAUUUUAUACAGUUAUGGAAAUAUUUAUAGCUCGUGUGUGAAUUUAACAUUUACAGACGAGCUGCUCAAUGCAGGAUGAGUUACACCGUGUACUAAAUUUGUCCUCAGUUCCUCAUCACAACAGGGGAAAACCUGGAUUACUUGGAUGGAGUCCAUACUGUGUUUGGGGAGGUGACAGAAGGCAUGGAUGUUUUGGCCAAAAUUAAUGAGACCUUUGUGGACAAGGAAUUUGUCCCUUUUCAGGAUAUCAGGUGAGUCAAACUGUCUUGAUAAAGAUAAAAAAAAAAACAUGUUUUAGGGCUUUACAGUCAUGAGUUUUGUGUCAUUUUUCUGCAGAAUAAACCACACUGUGAUCCUUGACGACCCCUUCGAUGACCCGCCUGACCUGCCAGUGCCUGAUCGAUCACCUGAACCCACUACAGAGCAGCUUGAUGUGAGUGAGGAGCUACAGACUGAUACCAAAAACAGUUUCAAACAGCCUCAUUGAAGAUGUUUCUGCUUGUCUUCAAAUCUUCAGCUCUGAUAGACACACUGUGUUUUGGUAUUCAACUUGUAGAAAUGACUGAUAUCUGUAGGUCUCUGCUCUGUGGUGUUUAGGUCUUUAAUUCAUUUAGUCUCUUCUCUGUGUUUUCAGAGCGGUCGGAUCGGGGCGGAUGAAGUGAUCGACGACUCUGAGGGGAAAGGAGUGGAGGAAUUGGAGGAGAGGUUGAAGGAGAAAGAAGCAAAGACUCAGGCCAUCCUGCUGGAGAUGGUGAGCAAUCAUCCAUUGUCAGCCUUUAAACUGUGAGACCACAGGUGCAGACAGAUGUGCAUUCUGUUCUUGUCCCCUCAGGUGGGCGACCUGCCUGACGCAGAAAUUAAGCCUCCGGAGAACGUACUGUUUGUGUGCAAGCUGAACCCUGUGACCACAGAUGAAGACCUGGAGAUCAUCUUCUCUCGCUUUGGAUCCAUUAAAACGUGAUGCUGUUUACAUGUUGAUGUUAAAUGGUUUUAUUUCAUUCUGGCAGCAUCAGCUCUGUCUUUAAAAUACAACUUUUCUUUGUUCCAGCUGUGAGAUCAUCAGAGACUGGAAAACUGGAGACUCGCUCUGUUAUGCCUUCAUAGAGUUUGAAAAGGUGAGUGUGCAGUUAACACAGCUGAAAAUUUGAAGGUGUUUUCAAAGCGAGGAUGUGAUUUAUCCGUGAUCAUUUUCUGUCUUGUGGAGUUCAGCCAUAGGACUUUAUUCAUCCAUGAAGAUGUUAGUCGGUGUUCAGCUUAGGGAUGAGGGCGAGUACUUGAAGAAUGAAGUACUCAUUGUCACUGUCAUUACUUUCACAUGUGUUCUUGUUUUAAGUAUCAUGUUGGUCGUGAUCAGAUAAAAGUGAAAUAAGCAUUUUGGCAAAACAGCGACAAUAAGAUAUGAAGUUUUAAAACUGUAUAUCAUUAAAAUACUAGUUCCAUGUUUUACCACAUACGCUUAAAGCACAGGGAGAGACUUCUGAGUUGGGCAAUGGCGGUUUAUGAGAACGUAGUCCUGACUUUUUAAGUUAGAAGUCGCCCACUACAACUCUAAUAUAAAUCUAUUUUUGAUCAGAAUGGUUUUUGAUUACAGGAUUUGAGAAUGUCUAAAGUAAAGACAAAGAAGUCAGUGAUCAAAAAAUCUAAUUCAGCUGUAAUAAUCAUGUGAUAAAAAACAUCUGUAUCAAGUAAUGAUAUUAUCAUGUAAAAAGCCAUUUGAUGACACAUCGUAUAAUAAAGACCCAUUAUAAAGCCAUUUGAUGUUAUCACCAUGUAAUAAAAACCUCAUUAUAAAGCUGUUUAGUGAUGUAACUAUGUCAAUAAAACAUUUCUGUCUCUGUCUUUCUGUCUCUGCAGCAAGAGGACUGUGAAAAAGCGUAUUUUAAAAUGGAUAACGUUCUGAUCGAUGAUCGUCGUAUCCACGUGGACUUCAGCCAGUCUGUUGCUAAGAUCAAAUGGAAAGGGAAAGGUACUCACUGUAGCCUUUGUGUGAGAGCAUUACUCACUCGUGCUUUCCUGUGUCAUAUAUUCAGCUUUAUUUACAUAUAUUCAGGUUCUUCUAACCCCUGCUCUGACUGUGUGUUUCUCAGGAGGGAAGUACACCAAAGACGACUUUAAAGCUUAUGAAAAGGAUGUUGAGAGCCGCUCCAAACUGGCUCUGAAGGACCAGCUGAAGCCCAAACAGGAGUAUCCUGUUUCUAAACAUUGGAAUUUAAUCUUUCACUUUGAACAUACUAGAGUAGGUUUGUUUGAGUUCAACUCUGAGGACUGUUUCAUCUUUUAUCUCUUUUGUCCAAUAUUGUUGAACUGUUUUUUUAUCUGAAGAUGACCUUAACUGUCCUCAAAGCUCAAAGUAUGACCUACUGAUGGAGGAAGAUGAGGAGGAAGAGCAGGAAAUGGAGGCCAACAGCCACAGACACCCUGAAAAGAAACACAAAGAAAAGCGGCAUCGCCAUGACUCAGGCAGCGACAGCAGGAAGUUAAAGAAACACAAGGUACCCUCACAGAUCUGUUCGAGUUUGGAGGGACAGAAAACAGCGGACAGAGAGUACCAGCGUAUCCAGACGCUGUUUUCAUCUUCAUAUUAAUGUUCAGGCUGACUGUCUUCAGCUUUCAAAAUAGAUAGAAUCCAGGAAGUGAGUCCUCAUAAGCAUGCUGUGUCAUUUCUAACUGAGUAGGUGUUUAUUUCCACCACAGUCACACAUGUACUGUUUACAUUAUCAUCUACAGAAGACUGAAGAGCAGCUGUUUCAUCAUCUCACUUUGUCAUCGCUUCAUCUUUCACUUUGGUUGUUUCUGUAAUUCCCUCAGGAAAGCGAGGACAGCUUCAGAGAAAGGAAGAUGGGACGCCAGCGCUCUCGAUCUCGCUCCAGAGAACACAAACACAGCCGGUCACGAGGCAAACAUGGAAAAGAAGAGAGUCGCCGCUCCCCGAAGAAAUCGAAAGACAGAGAUAGGAGCCGCAGUCGCUCCCCUAAGAAAUCUAAAGACAAAGAGAGGAGUCGACACAGAUGAGGGAGCUUGACGGGUCGCUCAGACUUUAUUUUCAGGCUGGAUUGUUAGGAAAGCAUGAUCUUAACAUCUAGACGUUUCAAGCCUUUAACUACCAGUUUUCUUUAAAUUCUUGACUUUCAUUGAAAAAGAGUUUAAUGAUUAUUAGGUUUUGUUGACUUUGUCUUGAUGAAAAACAGUUUGAGAAAUGUUUUUUUUACAUGUCCAUUAAAAAUUUGAACUUUUGA